ACCAGUUUAUUCACCCCCAACAGGAAAAAAAAUGGGUUGGCUCCUCCGUGGGGGCGAUUCCCACGCUCAAAGGGACCCCCUUCCACAGGGACCCACGCCCCCAUCCUGCCAGGGGAGAAGUCACGUGGCCCCGCACGCAGGCCGCCUUCUCCUCUCCCUGGAAGCCACCUGCCCUUCCCUACGCAGCGCUCCGCCGGCUCCCGGCAGGCGCCCGAAGCUGUCCCCUGGGCCGCAGCCUGAGCCGCCCGAGGAGCGGGAGGCGGAGAGGGCGCUGUUCGCGCUCCUGUGCCGGGGCUGCGAGCUCCCUCGCUUGCCCUCCUUCCCACGCCGUCCGGCCUGCUUGCUCCGCCCUCUGCUCCCAACAGCCGCACUCCUACUCAGUCCCCAGGAAUCUUGUCCGGGGAGUUGCGUCCCAGCCUUCCCGAGGCUCCGGGUGUCCCGGAAACCUAGGACGUGGUGCGGGGUCCCAGUGAGGAUGGUGCCAGAAGCCUCUCCUUACGCUCUCCGGGGGCCCUGCAGGUCCCCCGAGGCGUGGGCAGAGCCACACGCCACAAGUUGUGAGGCCCCUCUGGGCUUUCUCCCGACGCCAAGAGACCAGAUCGGCUUCCUCUCGCCUGCGGAGCUCCGUGAGGUCACCCAGAAGAUGCUCUUAAAUCCAGACAGCCCCGGCCGCUGUGAUUCACUGUGGUCACUCACCCCAAGCCCUGCCAGCGCCAGCCCUCCACAAGCUGUGCGCCCCCCCACCCCCGUCCUCUGCGAGCGCCUCCCUGCACCUGCCACGCCUCCACCUGAAGUCAGCCAGGGCUCCCCGUGGGGCAGUGGGCGCCGCACACCCCGCUCGGCUCCUGGCCCCGGCCCGCGGGGAAGGUCACACAGACGCCUCUCGGGCUGCGAACUCACAGCAGCAGAGGGCACGGCCGGCCUGCCGCCCAGCCUGGAGUGUGAACCUGGCUGCGCUGCUCCUAACUGUGACCCUCAGCCCCAUUCCUGAGCCCUGAGCCUCAGGGUCCUUAUCCGCAGUGGGAGUAAAAGGUCUCUCCCUCGGUUCUGGUAACAAUGAAAACUACUGUGAGGACAGAACAGGGACUCUAAGAACAGUAGCCGUUUUUAUGACUAUGGAAUAUCUAAUCUCCAUCUCCCAGCACCGGCAUCAUCACCAUAAAAACAACAUGGACCCAGCCCUCUAGAACUUCUGGAGCACAAGUCACACGCAGGGCUGAGAUGCACCAGAGGCUCAGGCAGGUGCUGUUACAAAGCCCGUUUAGAGUUUCAGGUGGCGCACGCCUGUAAUCCCAGCACUUGGGAGGCUGAGGCAGGAGGAUCAUUCCAAGUUCGAGACC